AUGCAGUAGAGAAACCAUAUCUCAAUGCACGACCAGAGCUGUAAUCUCUAGAGCACGAGUCCUCAUGUCUCCUGUUAAGUUACUUACUCUGAUAAUCCUUGUCCUAUCCUCUCUGCUUACAUGUUCUUUACUAGGUGCCACAGCUCUCCGCGGGGAUGCUAGAACCGACUUCCAAGCACUCCGUUGCCUUAAACUCCAUCUCAAUACUUCUGCCGGAGUCCUAGCCUCAUGGAAGAUUGAUGAUUCCCUCCAACGGUUCUGCACUUGGCCCGGUCUUACUUGCAGCAAAAGGCACAAGUCUCGUGUUGUUGCACUGGACCUCGAGUCAUUCCACCUUGAUGGUCAAAUACCUCCUUGCAUUGCAAAUCUCAGUCUCCUCACAAGAAUCCACCUCCCAGACAAUCAGCUUUGGGGUCCAAUCCCGGCUGAACUUGGCCAACUAAAUAGGUUGCGGUAUCUUAACCUUAGCUCAAACAAUCUUAGCGGUAUGAUACCAAGCAAUCUAUCCUCAUGUUCUCAGCUUCGAGUUAUUGAUCUUGGGAGUAACUCCAUCGUCGGUGAGAUCCCAACAAACCUAAGCCAGUGUUCAAAUAUGCAGCAGCUCAACUUAGGUCACAACAAGCUCACUGGAGGCAUCCCACAAGGUCUGGGGAUGCUUCGCAACCUUUCAGUUUUGCGGCUUCUUGGAAAUACUUUGACGGGCAGUAUUCCCGUUUCACUUGGAAGCAGCUCUUCUCUCCACUCUGUUUAUCUAACCAAAAAUAGCCUCACAGGACCUAUCCCAUAUCUCCUAGCUAAUAGUUCAUCACUUCAAUUUUUGGUCUUGGCCAACAAUAAGCUUGGUGGGGAGAUUCCGCCCGCACUAUUUAAUAGCACGUCACUCCAAGUCUUAUCCCUUGCAGUGAACAACUUUACUGGGUCCAUACCUUCUGUUUUCCCCAAUAUUAUUGACUCGCCCUUGAAGUAUCUUAUCUUAACAUCCAAUAAUCUUGCAGGCACGAUACCUUCUACUCUAGGGAAUUUUUCAUCCCUUUCCUGGCUAUUGCUUGGACAAAAUAGUUUCCAAGGUAGCAUCCCAGUGAGUAUUGGUAAGCUUCCAAACCUACAAGUACUAGACCUGAGUUACAACUUCUUAUCAAAGAGUGUACCCGCCUCUAUUUACAACAUAUCAACACUCACAUACCUUGCCAUGGGUGCAAAUAUUCUGGCAGGGGAAAUUCCAUAUAACAUUGGAUAUAACCUUCCAAAACUCCAGACAUUGGAUAUUGGAAUGAACAAAUUCCAUGGCCAGAUCCCCACUUCACUAGCCAACACUUCAAAUCUUGAAAAGCUCAACCUCGCUAAAAAUUCAUUCCAUGGUAUUGUGCCUUCUUUUGGGACUCUUCCCAAUUUGAUCAGUCUAAAUCUAGGAAAGAAUCGUCUCGCAGCAGGAGAUUGGUCUUUCUUAACCUCCUUGACCAAUUGCACCCAACUAGUGCAAUUAUUCUUGGAUGCAAACAUCCUUCAGGGACAUUUGCCAAGUACCAUUGGAAGCCUUUCAAAGAGCUUAGAGGUGUUGUUAUUAAGAGAAAAUAAAAUAUCAGGCACCAUACCGCAAGCGAUAGAGCGCCUCACAAACAUCCAAAUUCUUUACAUGGAAAAAAAUUGGCUUACUGGGGGUAUCCCUAAAUCAAUUGGAAAUCUUCAAAAUUUGUUUGUCCUAAGCUUAUCUCAGAAUAAACUUUCUGGGCAAAUUCCACUAUCAAUUGGUAAUCUAAGCCAACUGAGUGAGCUAUAUUUACAGGAAAAUAAUUUGAUGGGACCGAUCCCAAGAGCUCUAGGAGACUGUGAAAAACUGAGCAUAUUGAACCUCUCUUGUAAUAGUUUUGAUGAUCGCAUACCAAAGGAGCUCUUUACUCUUUCCUCCCUUGCAGAAGGUUUGGACUUAUCUCACAACAACCUCUCGGGAGAAAUACCAUUGGAGAUUGGCCAUUUGUUAAAUCUUGGCCCAUUGAAUAUUGCCAAUAAUCAGUUGUCUGGACAAAUACCCUCUACUCUAGGUGAGUGCGUCCACUUGGAGUCAUUGCACAUGGAGGGGAAUAAUUUUCAUGGGAGAAUCCCUCAAUCUUUCAUGAAUUUGAGAGGCAUCAUUGUGAUGGAUUUAUCUCAAAACAACUUGUCCGGCAAAAUCCCCAACUUCUUUGAGUCCUUUAGUUCCAUGAAGCUUCUUAAUUUGUCGUUCAACAACCUUGAGGGACCAAUACCACUGGGUGGAAUGUUUCAGAAUGAAAGUGAGGUGUUCAUACAAGGGAACAAGAAGUUAUGUGCCAGCACCCCAGUGCUAGGGUUGCCUCUUUGCAGUACAGUCAUAUCCAGAAAAAAGUCAUACACCUCCAAGAUUUUGAAGAUUGUUGCAAUUACUGCUAUUUCUUUGGUCAUGUUAUCAUGCUUUGGAGUCAUUGUUUUGAAGAAGAGAAAGAAAAUCAAACAUGCAUCACAUCCAUCUAUCAAAGAAUUAAAGAAGUUGACUUAUGCUGAUGUAGUGAAAGCAACAAAUGGUUUUUGUUCAGCCAACUUGGUUGGUACCGGAAAAUAUGGGUUUGUAUACAAGGGUAGAAUUGAGUCUGAAGAGCAUCAUACAGUCGCUAUCAAAGUUUUCAAACUUGAUCAACUUGGAGCAACAAAGAGCUUCCUUGCUGAAUGUGAGGCAAUGAGAAACACUCGCCAUCGUAAUCUCGUAAGGGUGGUCACUGUAUGCUCAACAACCGACCCAAUAGGAAAUGAGUUCAAAGCUCUUGUUCUCGAAUUUAUGAGAAAUGGCGACCUGGAGAGUUGGCUCCAUCCAACACUACUCCACGAGUAUCAUCCCAAAAGGCAAUUGUGUUUGGGUUCAAGAAUAACAAUAGCAGUGGACAUAGCUGCUGGUUUGGAUUACCUCCAUAACCAUUGCAUGCCGCCUAUGGCCCACUGUGAUCUGAAGCCCAGCAAUGUACUUCUGAAUGAUGUCAUGGGCGCAUGUGUUGGUGACUUCGGGUUGGCUAAGUUCCUACAUGGUUAUUAUACUUCUUCGGGGAUUGAUGGUUCUACAAGCUUAGUGGGGCCAAGGGGAUCUGUUGGAUACAUUGCACCGGAAUAUGGAUUAGGGAGCAAAAUCUCCAUGGAGGGUGAUGUUUAUAGCUAUGGAAUCAUUAUCUUAGAGAUGCUCACUAGGAAGCGUCCAACUGAUGAGAUGUUCAAAGAAGGCCUGAGCCUUUAUAAAUUUGUGGAAAAAUCAUUUCCUGAAAAGAUUUGCGAGAUGCUAGAUCCUAAAAUCAUCCCUUAUUAUGGGAACCAAGAUGAAGAAGCAGGAAGUACUUUAGACCAGUUAAAUUAUCAAAUGGCUGAAGGAACAAUGAUCUGCAUCCGCAAACUUGCUAAGGUUGGUCUGUUAUGCGCUGCAGAGAUGCCUAAAGAUCGUCCAGGGAUGCAGGAUGUUUACGCUCAAGUCGCCGCAAUCAAAGAAGCAUUUUCAGCAUGGCAGGGCUGAUCAGAAGUUAGGAUAGGUGGAUAGUCAUCUAGGCCUAUUUUCAUUAUCGGUU